AUGCAGCCUAAAAUGGGUGGUAAAUACCAUCUAAAGCUAAAUAAUGGCGAGAGACCGAUAGCGAACAAGUACCGUGAGGGAAAGAUGAAAAGAACUUUGAAAAGAGAGUUAAAAAGUGCUUGA